AUGGAGGAUUUUCUAGCAUCACUCCGGCCCGGCGCGCCUACUUGGCGAGAGCGAGACCCUCAGGAUCUCGGCGACGCCACCCGCGAGCUUUAUAGACGAGCCAUCGCUAACCCGUCGUCUCUCAGCGAUGCAGAACGGAGAAAGAUACUGCGCCAUCCACCUCUUGAAGAAGAAGACGCAAGCUCCCGCGAGCUAUGUGGCUCCACCAUGUCUGAGCUCGUCACGAAGGCCAUUCAGAAUCACAAAUCGCUGACCUACCAAGAAUCAAAGUUGCUAGUGGGCCGCCCUAAUGAGAACUAUCCUGGAGAGAUGCUGCGGGAAAAGCUUCGGAUGAGCGAAAGCGAUAGAGACUUGCUCUCUAAGGCCAUGGAGGCCGCACUCACAGCAGACGAAGUUGCCGCUCAAACGAAUGCCUUUGCCAUUCAAAACCUCUGGCGUGAGCACAGCAAUGCUGCACGUGACGCUUUGAGUGAUUUUGAUCGUGCUCUGAUCAAGAGAGCCGUAAAUAUACCGUGGCAAGAGCACAUUAUAAACUCGGAGGACCCAAUUCGCAAAACAGCGACAUGCGGAUUUGUGGUGUUUCACUCAAAUGCGGUCAACUGGCCGACAUUCAACGAGCGGAUGCAAGCGGCAACGAAGUACGGGUUCGAUCUUUUUAUGUCAAAGAUCAAGGACUCGAUAAGGGAGGGGUUCACCUUGCACGGGGUGCAGUACGACGACGCCGAAUCGCUUCAAAGCCGCUUCGCCGCCAUGCGAGAUGUGGAUGAGAUCCCUAAAGGCUUGAGGCGGGAUGCAUUUCUUUACGUCGACGACGAGGCGAUGCAAUCCCAGGAAUCGAGCAGGCCGUUCGUAUGGCUCUGGGAGCCCCAGGAGACAGCGAAGCCGCUGAAAGUCAACGCCAUGCAUAUAGCACCGCUGCUAAUUGCGCGACUGACGCAGCGGGACCUCUCAACAGAAAAGGCUCAGAAAUGGCCUUUCAGGAGCACGCCGGACCUAGAGCAGCUGCACAAGAUGGCAGGCCGAUCGAUGAAUGGGGCUGGCGAGCGUGAUGGUAUCUGGCCUCCAAGCGCAGCUUCAAUGUAA